UUUUGUAGAGAGAAAAGAACAAGAGGUUCGAACCGCAGGCGAUCCAAAAAACAAAAGUUCUCGUAUUUUUUUGAGAACAGGAUUAUUUUUGUAAUCCUGAACCGAGGAGUUCACAUAGUCCGUUAAUUAGGUCGAGCAAUAAGAACGAGAAACAAGAAAGUGCAAUGUGGAAGUUGGUGUGUGUGACAUUGGCGAUAACAACGGUUUUGGCGAGGCCAGAGCCACCCGUGAACUCUUAUUUACCACCUUCGAGUAGUUAUGGAGCACCCGGUGCUGGUGGUUCCAGUGGUUCUCCCUUGGCACCUUCGGAUUCUUAUGGGGCACCAGGUUUAGGUGGUGGUGCCGGAGGAUCCGGUCAAGCUCCUUCAUCUUCCUAUGGUGCUCCAGGUUUGGGUGGUGGCAAUGGUGGGGCACCUUCCUCCUCAUAUGGUGCUCCUGGCUUAGGCGGUGGAUCAAAUGGCAAUGGUGGUGGCGGUUCUGGUAGUAGACCCUCAUCAAGUUAUGGUGCCCCCGGUGCAGGUGGAGGUUCCAAUGGCAACGGCAACGGUGGUGGUAGACCUUCUUCAAGUUAUGGUGCUCCCGGUGCUGGUGGCGGUUCUAAUGGCAAUGGAUUUGGAACUCCCUCUUCCAGUUAUGGAGCACCAGGCGGCGGUAAUGGUGGUGGUCGUCCCUCCACUUCAUAUGGAGCUCCUGGAGCUGGUGGUUCCAAUGGCAAUGGUAACGGUGGUGGCAGACCUUCAUCCACCUAUGGCGCUCCUGGUGCUGGUGGUUCUAAUGGAAAUGGCAAUGGCAACGGUGGUGGCAGACCUUCAUCUACCUAUGGAGCUCCUGGUGCUGGUGGUUCUAAUGGCAAUGGAAACGGUGGUGGCAGACCCUCAUCCACCUAUGGCGCUCCUGGUGCUGGUGGUUCUAAUGGCAAUGGCAACGGUGGUGGCAGACCUUCAUCCACCUAUGGAGCUCCUGGUGCUGGUGGAUCUAAUGGCAAUGGCAACGGCGGUGGCAGACCAUCAGAUAGUUACGGCCCUCCUGCUUCGGGUAAUGGAGGUCGCAAUGGUGGCGGUGCUGGUCGUGGAGGUCAACCUAAUCAGGAAUAUUUGCCACCCAAUCAAGGUGGAGGUCGCAAUGGAGGUAAUGGUGGCGGUAGCAAUGGUGGCGGUGAUAAUGGCUACGAUUACUCUCAGAAUGGCGGAGGAAGUGGCAGCGGCGGCGGCGGCGGCGGUGACGAUGGAAGCAAUAUCGUUGAGUAUGAAGCAGAUCAAGAAGGUUAUCGUCCCCAGAUUCGUUAUGAGGGUGAGGCCAAUCAAGAUGGUCAGGGUGGUGCUGGCGGGGCUGAUGGCUAUGAUUAUGAACAGAAUGGUAGUGGUAGCGGCGGUGGUGGUGCUGGAAGUGGUAAUGGCGGCGGUCAAGACUUGGGUGCUGAUGGUUAUUCUAGCGGUCGUCCCGGAGGCAACGGCAAUGGUAAUGGCUAUUCCAACGGCGGUGGUCAAGGAGGUGGCCAAGAAUUAGGAUCUAAUGGUUAUUCAAGCGGUGCUCCCAAUGGUAAUGGUGGACGUAAUGGCGGUAAUGGACAAAAUAAUAACGGCCAAGGUUACAGCAGCGGCCGUCCCAACGGAAAUGGUGGAGGACGUAAUGGCGGCAAUGGAGGUGGUGGCUAUCGCAAUGGUAAUGGUGGUGGAAACGGUGGUUCCAACGGCAAUAAUGGCUAUAACUACGAACAACAAGGUUCAAACGGCUUUGGUGCCGGUGGUCAAAAUGGCGACAAUGACGGCAGUGGUUAUCUUGAAUCUGAAAUAGAUAAGACAAUGUUGAAAUUACUGUGUGCGGCGUUUGUGAUAACAGCAGUUCUGGCGAGGCCAGAACCACCAGUUAACUCAUAUCUGCCACCAUCGAGUAGUUAUGGGGCACCUGGUCUAGGUGGCUCAUCGGGUUCUGGCCAAGGACCUUCUUCUUCAUAUGGGGCACCUGGUUCGGGUGGUAAUGGCGGCGGCAACGGUGGUGGUGGAGGUGCGGGUAGACCUUCAUCCUCGUAUGGUGCUCCUGGAUUUGGUGGUGGUUCCAAUGGCAAUGGAGGUGGCAGUGGAAGACCUUCCUCCUCGUAUGGUGCUCCUGGUUUUGGAAGUGGUUCUAAUGGCAAUGGUGGGGGUGCUGGUAGACCUUCAUCUUCGUAUGGUGCUCCUGGCUUUGGAAGUGGUUCUAAUGGCAAUGGUGGUGGUGCUGGAAGACCUUCAUCUUCGUAUGGUGCUCCUGGUUUUGGAAGUGGUUCUAAUGGUAAUGGCGGCGGUGCUGGUAGACCUUCAUCUUCUUACGGUGCUCCUGGUGCCGGUGGAAAUGGUGGUUCAGGCAGACCUUCAUCAACCUAUGGAGCUCCUGGUGCCGGUGGCAAUGGUUUCGGUUCUCCUUCAUCCAGUUAUGGCGCUCCAGGCUCAGGCGGUUCUAGUCCAUCAUCUACUUAUGGUGCCCCAGGUUUCGGAAGUGGUAGUAACGGUGCUGGUGGUGGUGGUCGCGGAGGCGGUAAUGAUGGUUAUGAUUAUUCGCAAGGCGGUGCUGGUGGUGGUCAAGGAGGCUCCGGUGGAUACAACGAUGAUGGAAACAAUGUAAGUAACCGUAAUCAAGUACUAACCAAAUUUCUUGCUUCCCAACAAGGCUCGCCAGAACCAGCUAAGUAUGAGUUUAGCUAUCAAGUUGAAGAUGCUCCAAGUGGCUUAUCGUUUGGUCAUUCGGAAAUGCGCGAUGGUGAUUUGGCUACAGGCCAAUAUAAUGUCCUAUUGCCUGACGGAAGAAAACAAAUUGUUGAAUACGAAGCCGACCAAGGCGGUUAUCGUCCACAAAUUCGUUAUGAAGGCGAAGCUGGUCAAGGAUCUGGUGGUUUUGGUGGUGGUGCUGGCGGCGCUGAUGGUGGCUAUGCAUACGAGCAAAAUGGCGCUGGUGGCGGUUCUGGUUCUGGUGGUUACAGCGGAGGACAAGAUUUGGGAGCAAAUGGUUACUCCAGCGGUCGCCCCGGUGGUAAUGGUGGUUAUUCUAAUGGCCAGGACUUGGGUUCUAAUGGAUAUUCGAGUGGUGCACCAAAUGGUCAAGGCAGACGUAAUGGCGGUGGUGGUGGCGGUAAUGGUGGAGGUUACAGUAACGGUCAAAAUUUGGGAGCUAAAGGCUAUUCCAGUGGUCGUCCUGGGAGCAAUGGCAACGGUAAUGGAGGAUAUUCCAAUGGCAAUGGAGGCGGUGGCCGAUCAGGUGGUAAUGGAGGCCAGAAUUUGGGUGCCAAUGGUUAUAGCAGUGGCAGACCAAAUGGACAAAAUUUGGGUGGUAAUGGCUAUAGCAAUGGCAGGCCUGGAGGUCAAGAUCUAGGUGCAAAUGGUUAUUCAAGUGGCCGACCAAAUGGCAAUGGAGGUGGCCGCAAUGGAGGCGGUAACGGUAGCGGUGGUGGCCAAUUUAACAAUGGCCAAGGCUAUAGCAGUGGUCGCCCCAAUGGUAAUGGAGGAGGUGGUCGCAAUGGUGGUUCUGGUGGCUAUCGCAAUGGUAAUGGUGGCCGCAAUGGAGGCGGCUCUAAUGGUGGCUACAAUUAUGAGCAGCAAGGCUCAAAUGGUUUUGGGGCUGGUGGACGUAAUGGCGAGAACGACGGCAGUGGUUAUCGCUACUAAUACCACCGACAUCCAACUCUCGACACGAUGACGUUUUCGGCAAUGUUUGGAUAACGAUUUAGACAGAAACGAAUAAUUUGAAUAAUUUAGUUGAAACGACUUUCAAUCAAGGCUAUUUUCACUAGUUCUACUCCGAGAUAAGAAUC